AUGGCUACAACAUUCUUAGCAUGUGACCCUGCAGAUGACGAUUACAUUGACAUGGAAGUCAACUCAUACUCCAACUUCUUCUGCCAUUCUCAAUCUCAUCCACAGCCUAGAGAAUUUGAGUUCCAAAUGUCCUCCAUUGUUCAAGAGACAGAGCCAACAACCUCCCCAGCUGAUGAGCUUUUCUACAAAGGAAAGCUCCUCCCUCUUCACCUCCCCCCUCGGUUACAAAUGGUCGAAAAACUCCUUGAAAAAUCCACCUCUCCUUUUGACAAAGAAAAUGAUAUCUUUGAGGAGUUCUUUAGCACUCCUCUAGCCACUACCUACACAACACCAAUUGCAGGCACCCCAUUUGAAUCCUGCAACAUCUCUCCAUCUGAUUCUUGCCAAGUUAGUAGAGAACUAAACCCUGAAGAGUAUUACAACCUUGCCUACCCAACAGAUACAAGUGCUGGAUUUGUUGUUGAAAACCAGAAGAAGUCAUGGACAAAGAAACUGAAGCAGUCUUCACUAGGUUCAAAGUUGAAGGCUUCAAGGGCUUAUCUCAAAUCUUGGUUUGGAAAAUCAGGCUGCUCAUAUGAAACCUAUGCAACCUCAACCAAAGUUGCAGAUGAAGGAUCGGUUUCAAAAGCCAGGGAGAUUUUAAAUAAGCAUGUGCAAGUGGCAAAGAAAAACCCAUAUGGCCAAAUUCAUAGGGACAGAUACCAGUCCUCGAAUUCUGUCAUGAGAAGCUACAAAGAAAAGACAAGUGAGGAUGGCAGUAACCAGCACAGAAGGUCAUUCUCGGUCGGUAUUAAAAUGCUUUCAGGGAACAAGUCAUCAUCAUCUUCAUCACUGUCUGGCUCAACUUCAUUUUCAUUUUCAAACAAAUCAUAUGGUUCCCAAGCGCGCCAGCUACUGAAAAGGUGCAGCAGUGCAAAUUCAGAGAUAGAAAAUUCAAUCCAGGGAGCAAUUGCACACUGCAAGAAGUCUCAGCAAGUGCUCUCUUCAAAGAAGACUGCAAGCGAAGUAGGACUCUACUCAAUAUCUGCGACUAGAACCUCAGUUUGUGAGGAUCAUGAGAGGGUAGAGCUUUGGAGGGGCUGA